AUGGAGUUGAAGGUGGAUGGAAGGAAGGUAGUGAUUAAGGGGGAUGCAGGGCUUUCCAAAUCCCUGGUUUCUCUUAAAACGAUGGUGAGAGAUAUCCAAUUGGCAAUCGGAGGAGCACUCAACAAGGAAACUGCAACUGACAAGUUUCCUAUACCAGUCAUUGACGAGCUGUUAGAUGAAUUGAGUGGGACGGUGAUAUUCAGCAAGAUAAACUUGAAAUCAGGUUAUCAUCAAAUCCGAAUGAAGGAGGAUGUACCCAAAACGGCCCUUAGAACUCAUGAAGGACAUUAUGAGUUCCUGGUGAUGUUAUUUGGCCUCACCAAUACUCCAGCUACUUUCCAUGGCCUUAUGAAUAAAGUUUUCAAACCUUAUCUCAGACGAUUUGUACUGGUGUUCUUUGACGACAUUCUGGUGGUCAAUGUCGAAAAAUCUGAAGGAAUUGAGGGGAUUCCUAGGACCGACGGGUUACUACAGGAGGUAGCAUGGACACUCACUGAACAGUUGAAGAAGGACGGGUUCCUAUGUGGGGAGGCAGCCACAUCAACAUUUGAGAGCUUGAAGAAGGCGAUGACUACGAUAACAGUCCAAGCCUUGCCAGAUUUCACUCAGACCUUCAUUGUGAAGACAGAGGCUUCCGAGUAUAGGCUAGGUGCAGUACUGAUGCAGAGUUAUAGACCCAUGGCCUAUUUCAGCCAGGAUUUUGAGAUUCAGAAUAGACCAGGGGUGGAGAAUAAGGCGGCAGACGCUUUGUCCAGAUGUAUAGGGGAGCUGCAGACGGUGACACUAUAUGUUCCUUUGAUGCUUGACUGGGAGGCUAUCAAGGAAGAAAGUGCAAGAGAUGAAGAAUUGGGAAGGAUCAUGUCAUAUUUGCUGAAAGAGGGUAGCCAUCCAUGGUACUCAUUAGAGGGAGACAAACUGCUGUACCAGGGAAGAUUUGAGAUACUCAGUACCUCGAUCCACAUCGCAAAUUUACUCUAG